GAAUAGCGAAGUUACGAACAAAAACUGGAUUUGGUUUGAGUUUUUUGCCCGCCGCCGCCGCCGCAUAUAGUAAUUAUGUAAAUACAAAUACAUUGGCUGUGAUAAGGCAAAUAGUUGUACGACAGCAUCCAGUAAACCGGUCGAUGUUUUCCUCAUGUAUCCGUGUAUUCGUCACUCAGUCGCGCGGCCGUGAACGAAACUAACGCGAAUUUAUGUCGCCUGUGGUUACUUUAGAAUAAGUUUUAAGUGUGAUAAAGUUGAAAUUAGUGCUAAGCAAGAUGCGUGAGUUAUUAUUAGUGUUAUUUUGUGCUUCAUUUGUUUACGGGCAAAAGAAUACAACUGAAAGCGCCCCAGAACUGGGAAUUCCAACCAAUCUACACAACGGACUCACGGAAAGAAUCGGAAAUUUUUCCAUUGAACUCCUGUUUCACACAUCGAAACAGCAAAACAAAGGUGUCAACCUAAUACUGUCCCCAAUAACAGUGUGGACAGUUCUUGCUGUGAUAUCUGAAGGUGCCUCUGGCAAUACAGUAGCACAGAUAAAUAAUGCACUCAGAAUAUCAAGUAAACAUAGGACCGCGGUCAGAACGGGUUUCCAGACCAUAUAUGAGUAUCUUCAAGUGAACACAACAACUGUGGAGCUCGCAAAAGUAAAUGCAAUCUUCAUGGAUCAACGUAAACUACUCCAAACUGACUUUCAGAGUUUAGCUGAGUCUGUUUAUAAGACCAAAGUUGUACCAUUAGACUUCACUGACGGGGUAAAAACCGCAGAUACUAUAAACCAAGCAGUUUCAAAGGUCACACAUGGGCGAAUUCCAAAGUUAGUUGACAGCAAUUACUUUGGUGACACCGCAAUGAUCCUGACAAGUGCUUUGUACUUCAAAGGACAAUGGAAAGUACCGUUCAAUGCGUCAUCAACAGUAAAAAUGCCGUUCUACAAUGGCACAGGACAACAAGUUGGUGAAGUCAACAUGAUGUACAACCGUUUUACAUAUCCUUUCGCUAACAUCAAAGAAUUACAAGCUAGGGUCAUAGAGUUACCUUAUGGGAAAGAAGAUCGUCUUUCAAUGCUCAUAAUGUUACCUCAUCCUGGUGUGCUACUUGAAAACAUGUUCUUAAACUUUGCAAAAGUACCUUUAGAUACAGUUUUUAAAGAAUUAAGAGUGUCCAAAGAGGAAUAUGCAGAAGACGAAGUAGAUUGCUUCUUGCCACGGUUUAAGAUUGAAUCUAACUUAGACCUGACAAAUGUAUUGAGAAAUACUAUGGGUAUUGUUGAUCUCUUUGAUGAGAACGCUGCAAGACUACCUUUCCUGGCUAGGACUCCUAUGCACGUGUCUAAAGUCAUCCACAAAGCAGAGAUUGAAGUAACCGAAGAAGGCACCACGGCUUCAGGAGUAACUGCAGCAGAGUUCUCAAACCGUAUUGGCAUUGUAUCUUUUGUAGGCAACAGACCAUUUUGUUACUUGAUUAUUGAAAAAGUGACCAAUUCUAUUGUUUUCGGAGGACUAUAUGAAUCACCGUCAUUGUAUUAGAUACUCAAUAAUAUCUACUGUGUUACCUACCAUGAAAAUUGCGAUUUGUGACGUAUCUGUAAGGAAACAGACAUUAUUUCCUCUCAUUUUUUUAUACUGUUUUUAAACUAAAAGAUCUGAAAAUAUACUCAAAUGUCAAUAUUUUUGCUAACUGUUAUGUGCGAUUGAGACAAAAUGUUUGUAAACAGGAAAAACUACAAUCCUUGUAUGCAGGAAGUUACAUUAUGUAUGGUCAUGUAAUAGACAUACCUACCGUAAAAUCAAAUUCUGGAUCACUUAUAAUGGGAUAUUGUUAAUUAAUACAGAUUCUUAUUAGUACUUAUGUAAUGUAUAUUAAUAAUAAGCCUUGCUUGCAAUAUCAGGUCGGUUACAGUUCACUAUAUAAUAUAUCUCUUAUUUUGGAGUGCCUCAAACUUAUGUAAUGUAUUAUUUAGAAAAGAAUAUCCAUUAUAGUCCAUCUAUAGAUAACUGAGGAUCUCAUUUGCCACCUAGACACUGUAAAAAAUGGAUGAGACCAACCUGUAUUUACUAAUUUCCAUAUUAAUAAUGUUAUUUCUUUCUGUCAUUUCAAUGGUAAGAGAUAAAGAGAAGAGAACAACUUAUUAUGACUUGAAUUAACCCUUUCACGGGUGGAGACCAUGGGUCAUUGAUGGUUCAUAAUAGAUAGUAUGACACCUUAGAAUCGGAAUGUCAUUAGACGUUCUGUCCUUGAAAGUGUUAAUAUAGGAGUCAAUUUAAUAUUCCAGAAUUUUGUAAUAAUACUUUUAUAGGAAAUAUAAUUAGAUAUGUAUUUUUCUAUGUGAUAAUUAUUAUGGUGCUAUAAUGAAUGUCAAACAAGAAAUUGUGUUUAUUACAAAAAGUGAUUUACAUAUACAAAUAGAUAUUAUUCAAUGUCCUGUUCUCUCUAUAAAAUGUAAAAUUAUUAUUUUAAAUUUAACAUUCCGUAUUAAAUGUAUUUAAUAGUUCAAGAGAUUAAGAAAACAGUAUUUACUGAUAAGUUUUUAUGACUUUGUACUGUUAGUAAGUUAACUGAUAAAAGAAUAAUUAAAGUUUAUACUCAGAUACAGAUUUUGAAGACAAAAUUAAUAUCAAGUUUUAGAAUUUACUUCAUGUGAUAGGUAGUUAAGACAACUGAAGCCAACACAAAAGCAAUCUGAUUAAAAGAUUUUUUUGUA